CACCUUCUGAUCAGUCUCCGAGUUUGUACAGCUUACUCGCUGAUCUAUUUGCGUCUCUUUUGUCGUCGAUUGAGUUUUGGUAUCCUUUUUCCUUGUUAAGACAUUCGAUGCUUCUUUCUGGUUGUUAGGUGGAUUUCUCUGCUGUGAUAAUCUUUUGGGAGUUGAUAACGGUGUCUUUUGGAUGCUAAUAGCAGUUCGUGGAAUGAAAAAUAUGUGGUUCGAUGUCUUAAUGACCUAACUUGAUGAUACUGGGGCUCUUCCGAAGAUGAUUCGGGGCACUGUGAGGAUCCUGUGGAUGUUGGAUUUCAUAUGCAUCUUUUGUUUGGAUUGAUGAAGAGAUGUGAUCUUGGUAGGAUACUAGAUAUUGACUGGAGAAGACUCUUUUUUAGUGGACUGUUACAGCUUCAGAGAACUCUAAGAUAAGACAAAAUAGUUUUUUGAUAUAAAAUAGAUUUUUGUGAGCUUGGUGGGGUACUAGAGAUAUCGACUGUAGAAGACUUGUUUGUAAUUGAGUGUGACAGAUUUUCGAGAACUCUAAGAUAAGACAAAAUAGGUUUUUGAGAUAAGAUAUACUGUUGUGAGCUUGGUGGGAUACUGGAGAGACUUCAGAGAAAUCUAGGAUAAGACAAAAUAGAUUUUUGAGACGAGAUAGGUUGUUGGUUCCAUUAUCUGAUUGAUUGUUCAAGCUGUAGCAAUUUGUAAUGGUUAUAUGAGGACCUUAAUUUGCUAGAAAAGACAAUGGUAGGGGACAAAGAUGGAGAGGGAAGUGGAGCAUCUUGGGUUCGACAGUGUCAAUGGAGAAUCUUGCUACUCAAAUUGAUUGUGCAGGUAUGUAACUUCUAUCAAAGAGGGUUGUGCACCUAUGGAAGUAGGUGCAGGUAUAACCAUAUUGGAGUUUCUUCUCAUAAUUCAUGUGAUCCAGCAUCAUCAAUAUCUCAUCAGAGUUAUCAUGUAGAAUCUAGUUCUUCUCAAUUUGCUCAUCCACCUAGAGCUUCUUUGAAAGGAGAAACUAGUCAGGCUUUUAGAAUUCCAGUGGACUUACCAGUUUCAUGCCAAUCUCAUACCCCUCCUUUGGAACAUGCACAAAAGCAGAAACAUGGGGCUGAUAUUUCUCCAAGCAAUGAGGGCAGCCAUGUUCCUGCACACAUGAGGCCAGCUGAUUCAGAAAUUUGUGCCCUUCACAUCACUGGUAGUUGCCUGCAUGGCAAAAGUUGCCCUGAUGUUCAUGGGGACAUGUGUUCCAUUUGCGAAAUGCAUUGCUUGCAUCCAUUCCAUCAAGACAAAAGAGAAGAACAUAUAACAAUGUGUCAGAAAAAUAACAAGCUCCAUGAAACUACGAAAUACAGUCAGGAGAUAGAAUGCAGUAUAUGUCUGGAGCGAGUACUUUCUAAGCCCACAGAUGCUGAACGGAAGUUUGGAAUACUAUCUGAGUGCGACCACCCAUUCUGCAUUUCAUGUAUUCGGAACUGGCGUCGGAAUUCUCCAGCUUCUGGGAUUGAUUUGGACACUGCACUAAGGGCCUGCCCGGUGUGCCGAAAGCAUUCAUACUUCGUUGUUCCCAGUGUUACUUGGUUCACCACAAAGGAAGAAAAACAAGAAAUAAUCACUAGCUACAAAGACAAGCUCAAGUUGAUUGAUUGUAAAUAUUUUGACUUUGGUAAUGGAACAUGUCCAUUCGGGGCUAGUUGUUUCUACAAGCACACUUACAAGCCACAUGCAAAUAGGCGAAGUGCAUAUAGGCCUCGCAGAAACAGGCCCCAUCCACACAGGUCCCGACAGAUAAUGGAAAGAGAAGAAAUAGAAGAUUUUAUCAACCCAUUUGCCUUGGAGGAUGAGUUAGCCAAUCUUGCUGCUCUGCUUGAUGUGGACGAAGAAGAAUCUGAGGAUCUUGAUGAAGAGGAUUUUGGCAGUUUACUACUCAUGCAUAUGAGUUUUCUUCUUGUGCAUAUGGAUGAUGAAGAACUACUAAGCGAUGACGACAACUAAUUCUGAUAAUGUGCUGCUGCCAUAUAUAUUUUGUCAAUGGAUUAAACUACUAGUCUCCUGAGUUUCCUUCAACUUUUAUCACGGAGUUAUGUUCAAAUCUUGAUCUGGCAGCAUUUUACUGUCAUCUAGUUUUGUGCUUGCAUGUGCCAUAUGUUUUUGGUGUAAAAUUUACAGCUGAGCACAAAUCUCUGAAUCACUAGCAACUGGAAUUUAGUCAAUGCCUAUUCACUUA